ACCGUUUUGACGAGAACUGCAAAUGUAGAGGAAAACAAAACCGUGACAACAAGAACGGCGGAAUCGGCGAGGUCACUCGCUGGCUCUGUAUACUGUCUUUCUGCAGAAACGGGCCCAGCCGUGAGGUUACCCGUUGAAGUACGGUGCAGUGAUAGGGUCAGUUGUAGGUUUACGCUCGACACGGGAACACCACACGGGUUGCGCAAUGAACGAAACACUUACUACUAACGGUGGUCAUCGUUGGGAGCUGUUAGCCUGUUUACUGCUUCUGCUACUGUCGCCACAGGUUAUCGCCGAAGAGGAAGGACCUCACCGUAGUGCCGGUGCCGGGGUGCAAAAGUUCAGUGUCACCAUCAACACGAAGCGGCCAGUGAAUGUGCUGGACAGUGAGUUCAUCGGGUUCUACGCUAAACCACAGGACAUCUUCGAUGGCCACGAUAAUCCCAUCACCGAGACGAGCUACCUGAUGGCCAAGGCCCUUGGCCGAACCUAUCUGAAGGUGGUGGCCGAUUCUAGCCAGCUGUAUCUGCAAACAACCCACGGCCAGAGCGUGAUCGGUGGGCCGGAAACCGAGGGGCUGGUACACAUCACGACUAGCGCCUGGAAAGCAUUCUACGAAUGGGGCCAACGUGCCGGCCUGACACCGAUCUUCGUACUCGACUACCCCGUGAACGGUACAGGGGCACCAGGAUGGAAACCCAAGAACGCCCUGCGGAUUCUGUCCGCCGCCAGUAGCCUGGGAAUUAACGAGUGCAAGUGGCAGCUCGGAAAUGGCGACAUCACGGAUGGUGCCAGAUAUGUCGAGGAUCUGCGCACAUUCCGGACGAUGGUGCAGGCGUUCGCGAAACAAAGCCAACAAUGGGAUGUAGUGGCGAGUGAACUGAACAUCCGGUCGAUGCCACUGGAAGAUGCGCAGUACUUUAACGCACAGCUUGAAACAAUCGUCGACGCAGUGACCAUUGCUAGGUAAGCUGAUGACGGUGCUGGUUGGAACGCCACUUCGCUGCUACGCGAUAUCCGUGUGCGUGGUCUUUCGGGGCAGCGACGAGUUCCGAUUUGGCUCGAUUUGAACGACGAGGAAAGCAACAUUGCUCCACCCGGAACCAAUGGCAAUCCGACCAGUCCCGGUUGUUCCAGUACCUGUCUGCGAGAAGGACUAGCUUAUGCCCGCACCCUUGGCGAGGCAGCACGUGGCGGUGCAAGUGUAGUGUUCAAGCCGCUUCACCGGGACGACCUUCGCAAUCCAACACUGGCCUAUCUGAUAGCACUGCUGCACAAGCGUACGAUCGGUCGUAAGGUGUUCUCGGUGCAAACAUCCAAGCAAGCGCCGGCAGACCAGACGUCCCUGUACGCGUACUGUGGCCGUAACCGCAACGCCACCGGUGCCCUCACGGUGGUCAUCGUGAACGAGAACACACUGGAAGCCAGCAACGUCACACUGAGAUUAUCCCAGACCCGUACCGGGUCUACGCCGGUUGAACUGUACCUCGUCAACGUGCAACACGGCCAACCGAUGAUAAACAAUCGGGCCCCACAGGAGGAUAGCAGCGAUGGUACACCGGUGCGGCUGCAUCCCGUUUACGCCACCACAUCGUUCCGGAAUGGAUCGAGCUUCUACGUGCCACCAAAAUCGGUCCUGUACGCGGUACUGCCUGGUGUGCAGGUGCGCGAAUGUCACCACGACGUCCCGUCCGCGGUGCACAAGAAGGAACAGCAAGCUCGUCGGUACCGGGAAGCCUCACUCGAAGCCCACGACCAAGAUCGCACUUCCGCUGACGCCCUGCUGCAGGAUUUGAUUGGCGAUAUCGUCGAGAAUGUGCCGAUGGAGGCACUGCAACGGCGAAAGCGUUGGGCGGUAGGAGAAGGAGACGCCCCGAAAAAGAUUGUCAAGAAACGAUUUCCUCUUCGUCGCCCUGGCCCGCCACAAAGCGCUGCAAUCGCGGAAGGCCAUGGUACACAAGGAUCGCAGGCAGAGGUUCCAGCAGCAGCGGCGAAGGUGGCUACAGACCGGCUCGAUGAGACAUCGGGGCCCAAAGGGCGUAAGGCACGGCAAACGCAGGCCUACAAGCGUCAGCAGCGGCGCCUUCGGCUCAAGGAGAAGCGAUCGGAGAAGCGUAACAUGCUCAAGAUGAAGUACCCGCUGCGGGAAUCGAUGCGUGAGCGUCCGAAACGGGGAGGCCAGCCACAGAUGCACCACCAACAGCGGCGGCUUCUCAAACGUAUGCCGAUGGCGAGAGUGGGUAGCCCGAAAACGAAGCGAUCCUCGCUGGCGGAAGCAGUCAACGAGCCACCGACGUUUGGUAGCGAGGAGAGCGCCGGCCGAGCAGGAACAGGCCAUCGUUCCGGAUUCCCGCUCGGUGACGUUCAUCUUGUGAUCUCGAAGGCGUCCAAUGGUGAAGAUGGCGUUGACUAUGUCACAGAAGAGGAGAAUGAGCAGGACACGGAGCAUCAGCAGCAGCUGCAGCACGAAGAGGAAGAGGAUCUAGAGGAGAAAAUUGCAGUCGAACGGUUGGCAAUGUUUGGUAUGCGAUCGGUCCCAUCCAGACCACUGCGGCAUCGUGGACCGAGACGUAGGAUUAGCGUGAGCCAGCGUGACUUCCGUCGUUACACCAAUCCGGAAGAGGACAGUGCGGAAGAAGACGAAUGCGAACACCGGUGUCGGCAGCACCAGCGGCAGCGUGAUAACCGUGGCAUGAUCGGAGCAGAAUCGAGACGCAUCGAUCGGUACAUGAGCAUCGUAAAAGACAGCUCACGAGUCCGGGAAGAGGAAGCGGCGAGGGCCACCGAACCGCCCACUGUAAAUAAUGGUGAAAUCCAUGCGAGCAUAGCCCCAAAGAAACCGAAUCGUAGCGAUGAUAGCGAAGGCGAAGCGGAGAAGGAGAGUGAUAGUAUGGAAGACGAGCAGCAGCAGCAGCAGCAGCCAGUUGGCCACAGUCAUGGUACGGCUUCCUCGAAUCAUCUGGAACCGGAAACGGAGGAGCUGGUGGGAGCAGAAUCGCGGGAACCAGUCCCGGUACGGGCGCAACCACCACCGGUAACAACGUUACCACCGAUCCUGCUCUACACUCCGGCACCACAAACAAGCGAGGAGCGUCAGGAUCUGUUGCGUCUUCAGGACAGCUGGUCACUCGAAUCCGAGGCGUCCGCGUCGGCUGAAGUGACGGAAGUAAGACCACGCUUCAAACGCUCCAACGUGGACGAUUCAGAGUCCGCUGACGAAGCCGAGGUGGAGCAGGACAUCCAGCGGUUGGAGGACUUUUUCCGCACCAACGCCAAGCUGCAGCAAAAGUUUGCCGAAAUGUUCGAUCUACUGCUCGAAGCGAUCGAAGAGCUCGGUGAGGACGAAAACGAUGCGAGGGAGCGGGUUGACGAACCGACGAUCGACGGAGAUGCAGUGGAACAGGCGGAUGCGGAACCGGCGGAGCGCGUUAAGCGCAACGUGCUGCUACACAUCCCACAGUCCUGGGAAUCGCGGGAACGUUCCAACAUGAUCCAGCGACAGGAGGUGCCAUCGAUAGAGUCUCACGAGAAUUACGUCGAACCGGGCGUAUUAGUGGAGCUGCCUCGUGCCAGUACGAUGCAGAGUGGUAACGAGCAGGAUCAUCACGCAGCGACACCCGAGGCCGAAGACGUGGGUGAAGACGUGGGUGAUGGCAGUAGACCCGGGGCCUACGUUAUCAAGACGGUCGUCAGCUUCAUGCGGAAGGCGACGAGCGAGUUCCAUCAACUGUUCUCCAACUGGUUUGGUAAAACAUCGUGAGUCCGUUCACCUCCACGUAAGUUAGUAGUACACGCUUUGUAACAUAGUAAUUCGUUAGUAAGUUCAAUAAAGCCCAAUAAGGG